GGCGGCGAGGAGCUCCCCCACUUGCGAAUAAGAACCGCGCCGCGCCGGAGGAGAGUUCCUUCGCCGGGCAGGAAUGGCGAAGCCGGAGCACGUGAAAUAAAAACCAGCGGCUCCCGGAGCUCUCCUGCCUCCCCAGACGGGAGGCUUUUCCGUCCGAGAGGCCAACAUGAUUCCGCCCAGCGACGCGACAGAAGUCAGCCCGGAGGACGUGGAGAAGGACCGCGACCCGGAGAGCCCCGAGCAGCCGCCUUCGCCUGCCUCCACCACCAGCCAGGAAUCCAAGCUCCAGAAACUGAAACGAUCGCUGUCUUUCAAGACCAAAAGUUUACGGAGUAAAAGUGCAGACAACUUUUUCCAGCGGACAAACAGUGACAUGAAGUUGCAGGUAGAUUUGCUAUCAGAAAUCAGCCCCAGAACUGGCCAGCUCUCAACCUCUGAAAGUCAGACAUCUACUCCAACCAUCGUCCAACACCAACAGGAAAGCAACAAGACUCACAUUUUCCAGGAGCACAUAUUCAAAAAGCCUACGUUCUGUGACAUCUGCAACCACAUGAUUGUAGGGACAAACGCUAAACAUGGACUGCGCUGCAAGGCAUGCAAGCUGAGCAUUCACCACAGAUGUGCAGAGAGCAUUGGACAGCAACGCUGCAUGGGCAAACUACCCAAAGGUUUUCGCCGUUACUACAGCUCUCCACUACUCAUUCAUGAGCAGUUUGGCUGCAUCAAAGAAGUAAUGCCUAUUGCUUGUGGCAAUAAGGUUGACCCUGUCUAUGAAACACUUCGCUUUGGAACUUCCUUAGCCCAGAAAAUGAAGAAAGGCAGUUCUGGGAGCAGCUCAGAUUCACCAAAAAGGAACUCAACAUCAGAUUUGGCAGAGGUUCCCGAGGAAGGUGAUAGUCCUGGAAGCGUAUUGGACAUAAACAGGAAACGCAGCAAUAGUGUGUUCACAUACUCAGUAAAUGGUACCACGGACUUUGGAGAUGAACCGAAGAAAAUAAACUCCAUGCUACAGGGAUCUCUCAAUAAAGACGCAGUACAGACAAAUGCCUAUGUUGCCUUGUACAAAUUUGUACCACAAGAGAACGAAGACUUGGAAAUGAGGCCAGGAGAUAGGAUCACACUUCUGGAGGACUCAAAUGAAGACUGGUGGAAGGGGAAAAUAGAAGACCGAGUUGGCUUUUUCCCAGCAAAUUUUGUUCAAAGAGUACAACAAGAUGAACAUGUCUUCAGGUGUAUCAGAACGUUUAUUGGAUGCAAGGAGCAGGGGCAGAUAACCCUGAAAGAGAAUCAAAUCUGUAUUACUUCAGAAAAGGAACACGGCGGCUUUAUCAAAGUAUGCAGUGGAAAGAAAAAGGGCUUCGUCCCUGUAGAUGCCCUAGAAAACAUCUGAGUUUUCCCUGUUCAACCACUGCAAUUGUGAUGCUUUGUUGGCGAGACCUGCCUGCCUCAUCUUGCACUGUGUAACCCUCAACGAAGCAGUCUUGCAGAUGACCAAGGAAAUCAUAUGACAACCACAAUGAUCAGUUGAUAUCAGACAUUUAAGCAACAAGAGAUGGUUGGUCAACAACAAUCAGGAAUGGAGCCAGACAAGAGUGGCAUGAGGCUUAGGAAAGGAAUAGCUUGUUUACUUUUUAAAAUAAGUGAAAAGUUAAACUGGAUAAUUUUUUUGAGCAAGGCUGCUAACUAUUACACUCAUGGGAACAGACAACUAAACUUAGAUCUGCACCCUGUUCAUGUGUCUUAAGAAAACUGUUUGGGACUUCUUUCUCAUUUGAAGUGUGAUUGAAUGAGUAAGGGUUCAGACCUUUUCCAUGUAUUACUACAGCUUGAAGUAUAUAGUGUGAGUCUGGUCCUAAAAUGUUGUCCAUGGUUUUAGAGAAUCGGCACAAUGUUUGUUUCUGACUUUUUUCACUUGGGAUGAACUGUGGAGCUGUUGGUUUAGGAAACAGUCUGUGGUCUGGACUUCUCUGUGAUUUUUUAUAUAUGUUGCUGUGGCGAUCUUAUACGUCCUUUGGGUUUCUUGUAUACAAGCAAAGAUUUUAGCACAUGUUGGAUGUAAAUGUUUAAACAGCUGAUGAACAAGCACUAUUUCCCCAAAGCAGGCCUAGUCCAAAAUAGUCUUUUCCUUUUCCUUCUGUAGGAAAACUGGGUUGCAGAAUUUUUCUAUUUUUCUGAUAUUGUUUGAGCAUAUUUUUAAUAUAUGUGUGUAUAUAGCAUGUUCCUGUUUAUAUGGUUAACCAAUUUCAUUUCACAACAGGGGAAAAUACGAUUCUAGCUGACAAAAAACACUGAGUGGAAUAAAAACAUACUGAGGUAAUACAUUUGUGAACAAAUGCAACCAAAUUCAAAAGACCAAAGGUGUUAGCAAUUCACCUUGAAGCACAUGCCAGAAACAAUCCAACAUAAAGUUAGGCGCAUUUUAGCUUAUUGACUUACAAGACUUAAGCACGCCUAGUUUUGGAAUCUGGCCACAGAUGGGAACUGCAACUAUAAAACCAGAAUUUCCCCCACUGUUUCAAAUUGUGGUUCAACGAGCAAUCUAGUCAGAAGCUCUGUCUGCAUCAAGGAAUCAUCCUUGAGGCUGCGCAGAAUUUAUGGGCCUGUGCAGAAUUUACAAGGUACACAACAAUUCAGAGACUUAAGUAACAAGCAAUGUAUUGUUGUCCAACGUUUACUGUUUUAAGAGUUCCAAGCCCCUCUCGUUCUUCUUUUUAUAAAUCAACUAUCUAGAAAUUCCCCUUUGAACAAGUUUUACCA